GUUAUGACACCUGCAUAGUGUCAGACAGAACCCAUUUCACAGAGAAGUAUUUGUCUUCUAGCACAUUAAAAGAAAUAAGGCGACUGAUGUAGGAUAAAAAACUGCUUGCUUAAGCAGAGAUCAAGUAAACGUCAUGAUCAAUUUGUCUCUGAAUAUACAGACCGUGCUCGCUGGUCUAAGCAUGGGUCUUUUUGUGUAUUACGUCAUCAAACGAAUACGAUAUCGUUUUCCACCAGGACCAUGGUGCAUCCCGCUUAUGGGUCAUUAUAAAAUAUAUACCUCUUUUGAUAUACCCAAGAAAGUUGAGGAGCUCUCGAAGGAAUACGGUCCAGUUGUACGUCUAUCAUUUGGUCCCCAAUCUUGGAUUUUUCUGAAUAAUAACGAUGUUGUGAUAGAGGCAUUGAUAAAAAGGAAGGCAGACUUUGCCGGAAGACCGCAUUUUACAUCAGGUGAUGUUUUUACUGAAGGAGGAAAAGACAUAGCGUUAAGUACUUACUCACCAACCUGGAAAUUCCAUAGGAAAAUAGCGGGCAAAGCUCUCAGACAUUAUUUGCAAGGAGAUCUACUCGAAAACAUGAUACAAGACAACAUGGAAGAAUUUCUCAAUAAAAUGGCACAGGAGAAAGAACCAUUCAUUUUCAAAACAUAUGCAGAUCUGAUGGUUUUUCAUCAACUCUACACUAUUUGUUUUGGAGAAAAACGACCUAUCGAUGAUCAAGAAGUGAAAGAUUUCCUUAAAUUAGAGAACGACUUCAUAGAAUUUUUUGGGACUGGUCUCUUAGAGGAUAUAGUCCCAUAUCUGAAAGAUAUCUACCCCACAGCUAAAUGGAAGAAAUUAAUUAGAAUGACGGAUGAAAUUCUACAUGUACUUCGAACCAAAUUCAAACAACACGUGGAUACUUUCAAACCAGAUUUUAACAGGGACUUUAUCGACAGUUUGCUUAUGGCCAGACAGGAAGCAGAGAAUGAGGGAGAUGAGUCAGCCAUGGAAAAGUUGGAAGAUACAUACUUAAUUCAGACUCUAUCAAAUAUAUUUCUCGCCGGAGUUGAUACCACUAGAUUCACAAUGGAUUGGUUUGUAUAUUUCAUGACCAGAUUUCCGGAAAUUCAGACCAAAUGUCAAGAGGAAAUAGACAGGGUUAUUGGUUCUAGACACCCAUCAAUGAAGGACCGUAACAAUUUGGACUAUACAGAGGCCUGUUUGUUUGAAACUUUGAGGCUUGGGAACGUUACAGGACUUGGUGUCCCACAUAUGACUAUUUGUGAUACACAAGUCGGAGGAUAUGACAUUCCAAAAGGCACUACAGUUAUAAUUAACCUCAGGGCUCUCCAUCGUGACACAAAGUACUGGAAGGACCCUGAAAAAUUUGAUCCUUACCGUUUCCUUGACGAAAAGAGUAAAAUGAAAACAGUCAAACCGGAAAGCUGGCUUCCAUUCUCCGCUGGCCGCCGAGUUUGUCUGGGGGAAACAGUCGCCAAACCGGAACUCCUGUUGAUGUGUGUAAAUCUUCUACAGCGGUUUGAUCUUCGUCUACCAGACGGUGUUCAACCAAAUCCGGAGUACAAGGCGAUAGAAUUUGCUGUAGAAAUCCCAUCUGAUUAUAAAAUCAUUGUAAAGGAGAGAAUCAGAAAUUGAAGUUUUGACAUUCUCAUCAUGUAAUAAAUAGAGAGAUCUAUAAAUAUGCUAACAACAAUUUUGAAUAUCCUAACAGUUAGAUGCAUUUAUUUAGUCGUUUUUUUUUUUAUUUAUCCAAAUCUUUUGGUCUAUAUUUAUAAAAGGAGAUAUUUGUCUUUUCUGUAUUUUGUUUUUAAUCAGUUUUCGUGCUUUAAUAACACUUAUGAAUGUAGAUAUAUUUAAUCAGAAUAAAAGUUCAGUGUGGUGAC